AUGCUGGAGACGGUGUGGGGAGCAGAAUGUGGCCUUCUUCUAGAGCUUGUUCAGACUGCUGACCUCCAAGCCUUAAUGCUACCAGCCCAGCACACCAAGAAGAAGAAGAAGAAGAAGAAGAGAGAACUAGCUAUACAGAAGAUAGAAGAUCUGCAGGAGCCUGUUGCACACACUGAAGGAUCUGAGUCUGCUCUGUCCCCUCCUGAAGAGGGCAUCAGUGUUGAUCCACUGGCCUCAGACAUGGCGCGUCUGGCCCUCCCUGUCCUCCUCGUUCUUUGCUUCUCCUUGCUCCACUUCAGCUGCAGCCGCCCAUCUCGCACCAGGAAGGCUGUGUUACCCCGUCAGUCCGGAGCUGCAGAAGAAGAUGAUGUGAUGUCCCAGCUUGAGAGGUUGUGGCAGGAGGUGAAUUCACUGAAGGAGAUGCAGGCAUUGCAGACAGUCUGUCUCCGUGGCAUCAAAGCUCACAGAAAGUGUUAUCUUACAAUUGAGGAACCCAAACAUUACCAUGAAGCAAAUGAAGACUGUAUUGCACAAGGAGGAACUCUUGCAACGCCACGGGACAUGAUGGAAAACAAUGACCUGAGAGACUAUGCAAAGAGGAGUGCUCCAGGAUCCAAGGACUUCUGGAUCGGUGUAGCAGACAUAGUGAAAGAAGGCCAGUAUGUUGAUGUCAACAGCCUGCCAGUCAGCUACUUCAACUGGGACCGGUCCAAGAAGCAGCCCACAGGAACGAAGAGGGAGAGCUGUGUUGCUCUUUCAGUGGCUGCGCAAGGAAAGUGGUACGAUGAGGUGUGUCGCAGCCUCAAAAAGUACAUCUGUGAAUAUAUCAUUCCCUAA